AUGGAUCUUAGACAACAGAAACAGAACACUAGCGAUACUACGUUACAAUUAUUGGCCCAGUAUAAUGAUCACAUCUCGCAGAGAGAUAAAACUAUAGAAGAUAUUGAGGGGACAAGCAACGAGUCGUCUGAAGAUUCAGAAUUGACACAUGACGAGUUAUUCAAAGAAAACGUGAGGCUAACUUUGCAAUUGAAACGUCAAGAGACUGAAUUGAAAGAUUUACAGAGGGUUAUAGAGGCUCUUACAAAGAGAAACCAAUCUUUUGAGAAUAACAGUGGCCCUAGUGGUGAAGCUUCCUAUAGUCAUUCCCAUGGCCAUUCAGAUUCGGUAUCAAGCGCCCAUACUCACGUAUAUACUCAUUCACGUUCCAAGUCUACUUCAAUAAGUAGUAAUCAUACUUUAACACAGCCGAAUGUACAAUCGACUUCUCAUUCAAAAUCUAUAUCAAAUGCUAGCUCACUAUCGACACCCGUUGCACCAGCAAGAUCUACUCAAAGACGUAUGUCUAGAGGCCAUUCUCGUUCCAAUACUAAUGAUUCAAAGAUCUCUAAUAAAACACCCUCUACAAAUAAUAAUGCUAUUACUACAAGUGGUGGCAGCUUCAUUGAAUUGGAUGAGGAUUUAAAUUCUGCACCACAGAUUUCUAUUUCAAGCGACACAGAUUCUCAUUCACAAAUCCCUCAUAUGACUACAAAACAAACUAUAUUAGCACCAGAUGAUCCUUUAAGCACUACAAACAGUACCACAACCACAACUACUAAUGUAGACAACUUAUUAUCUCCUUCUCGUUCUCCACAAAAUUCAAAUAGAUAUACAUCUGUUAUUAAUAACCAUUUACAUUCUCCUUUAAGUAUUAAUUAUAAUUCAGAUACAAACCCAAACUCAAUUGAUAAUAACCAUAUUGGAAAUUUCAAUGAUUCUCCCAAGAUUGAAGAUAUAUUAAAUAGUCCAAUUUCUAAUAUAAAUAUAAAGAGAAAAUCACUAUCAAGAGCAAAUUCUCAUUCAAAAUUAGAUACAAAUUCUCCAAAAAAUUCAAAUUUACAAUUAGAUACAAGAAGAAAAUCCAUUUCUGGUACGACUGUGGACUUAUCACCUAUUAGUUCUCCAAUAAGGAAAAUACCACCGCCAUCAUCACCGAUUAGAAGAACUUCGUCAGCUACAUCUGAUACUAAAUUGGGAUCACCUGCAAAGAUAAAACAAACUUCAGAUUUACAAAUGACUUCAAAUGAUGCCGAAUCCCCAACAAAAAAAUCUUCUCAUUAUAAACUUCAACCAAAAGAGUUAAUAAAUGAUUUAGAAUUGAAGACAAUGAAAUCUAUAGAUAGCUUAUCAAACCAUUCAUUAAGUAUUGCAACCACUGCCAUUAAUACUACUGCAUCCACAUUACAAAUUCCUGCUAAUAAAUUAAAGACAAGAGUACAUUCAAGUAGUAUUUCAAGCACGAAAUCAAAAUCAGUUAGUGCAAAAUCCGAUGCUCCUUUAUAUGUUCAUCCAGAAGAAUUCGAUUCAAUUAGAGUUGAAACAACAAGUACCCUAUUUAUCACUUCAGAUUCGAUUUCAUCAUCUUCUUCAAGUUCAACUUUAAGUGCAAGUAACAACACUCAACCUGGUAAUAUUAGUCCAACCACAACAGAAUCGUCGACUUUGUUAAGUGUUAUUGAUAAAAAGAGAGGUACAUUAAUGUUUGAAUGUUCCAAAUCAUUAAAAAAAUUAAUCCAAUUAAAUGAUUAUUUGAAGACUCAUCUAAUGGGUUCAAAUAUCCCAUCAAUUCCUAAUAGAUGUUUAUUCAAUACAACGAUGCCAACUAAAGUCGAUAUUAGAAGAGAAGAAUUAAAUAAAUUCUUCUCAAAUCUGUUAGCAAUUCAAAGUAUGCCUACUCAAGUUGGACUUUUCAUUGCAAAGUUUUUAAGCACAGAUAUUAUUCAAAAAACUCCAAUCUUUAAAAAUUCUCUCAAGGAAGGUUCAUUAAUUUUACGCAGGCCUAAAGCCAUUGGUUCUGCAGUUAACUGGAGAUUACGUUAUGGGAAUUUACAUGGAAAUUUAUUAGAAUUAUAUGAAAAAGAUCAAUUAACUGAAACUAUUAUACUUAAAAACUGUACUUUAGAAUUAAUUCCUAAUAUCCCAGAAGAUAAACAUGGUACUAAAAAUGGAUUUCUUUUAUCAGAACAUAAAAAAGCUGGUCUUACAAAUACCUCAAAAUAUUUUAUUUGUACUGAGACUCCAAGAGAAAGAGAAAGUUGGGUUACUCAUAUUAGUCAAAUCAUUGAUCAUGGUUCCAAUUAUCAUUCUACAAAUACAAGUAGAGAGAAUUCAAAUUCAAUAUCAAAACCACAACAACUCACAAUAACUAGUGGCAUCACCAACCCUAAUAUUGAACAUACUAACCAACAAUUGCAAUCUCAGAAGUUUGCUAGUAAAGAUUCAAGUAGACAUAAUUUAACUGACAUGAAUGAAAUAAAUUCUCAACAAGAUACACAACUAGAAGAUUCAAAAGCUGAGCUAGAUAGAGAUAAUAAAAGGAAUAAGAUGAGAAGUCUAUUUAUUUUCAAGAAAUUAGGACAAUCUGGUGACGAUGUAGAAAAUGAGCCUCUACCAAAUAUUGAACAUGAUCAUAGGUCCAUUAAUAUGCAAAAAUCAUUUUCAUCAAGUGGUACAGCAGGUUCAAAUUCUUCUGAAAAUGUAAUAUUCGGUGCCCCAUUAGAAAGAGCCUUACAGACAAGCUCAAACCUUUAUCAAGGUAUUUAUAAAAUUCCAAGUGUUGUUUAUAGAUGUUUGGAAUAUCUAUACAAAAAUAGAGCUGUAUCCGAACAGGGAAUUUUCAGAUUAAGUGGUUCUAGUUCAUUAAUGAAAUCAUUACAAGAACAAUUUGAAUUAAAGCAUGACAUCGAUUUAUAUAAUUAUAAUGAACAUUUGGAACAAGAACAUAAAAAUACUCCAAGCACAUGUAUAGACAUUCAUACAGUCAGUGGUUUAUUGAAAUUAUAUUUUAGAACCUUACCUCAUUCGAUCUUUGGUGAUGAUAAUUAUAAAACAUUUCUUCACGCAGCAGAAGAAAAUCCAAAGAAUCCUGCUCAAGUUGCAUUAAAUUUUCAACAAAUCAUAGGAUCUGGCCAGAUUCAUAAAGAUUACAUAUCAUUAAUGUAUUCAUUAUUUGAAUUACUUUUAAGAAUUAAUAAAAAUAAAGAUAUUAACAAAAUGUCCAUUAAAAAUAUUUGCAUUGUAUUUUCACCAACUUUGAAUAUCCCAAUUAAUAUUUUACAACCAUUGAUAGUUGAUUUUGAUUGUAUUUUUAACAAAAAAGAACCAAUUGAUGAUUCUUUAAGAGAUAUAGUGGACGUCCAUAUUCCUCAUGCAUAG